UAUCAAGUUUUCUAUGUCAUGUUAAAAUCUGCCAAUUCUCCCCGUCCUGCCUCUUGGAUCCUAGAGAAAUCUCUAGAUGGUUAUAAUUUCCAAGCUUGGCAAUAUUUUGGACGUUCAGAACUCGACUGUAAACAACGUUAUAAUCUCCCAGCACAAAAUGGCAAAUAUAUAUUUCAAAAUGAUACCGAAGUUAUCUGUACAACACAAUUCUCUAAAGCUUUGCCUCUCGAAAAUGGCGAGCUACAUGUAUCGCUACUUAAAAAUCGUCCUGGAGCUAUGGAACAAACUCAAGAGUUAAUGGAUUUUAUAACGGCCCGUUAUAUACGUAUACGUUUUCAGGGUAUGCAUUCUACGGCGAAUUUAGAUAAUAGUGUUUACUGGCAAUUGGAUGCUCAUUCCCUGGAGAAACGUAGUUUUUACUCUUUGAAACAGAUCAGAGUUAGUGCCCGUUUAGAUUGUCAUGGUCAUGCAGAGAAAACCAAAGAAUUGGCCGAAAAGUAUAAAGGUCAAAAGGAAUUUUCCGGUUUAGAAUCAACAUUACAAUGUGAAUGUCAACAUAAUACCUGCGGUAAUGAUUGCUCUCAAUGCUGCCCUCUUUACCAGGAUAAACCCUUUCGUAAUGGCACCAUGCGUGAAGCUCAUGAAUGUGAGAUUUGUCAAUGUAAUGAUCAUGCUGAAACUUGUAUAUAUGAUCGUUUUUUGGAACGAGGUGUAUGUCAAGAUUGUCGUAACAAUACUACAGGCAAUGAAUGUGAAUUCUGUUUAAAUGGUUUCUAUAGACCGCAGGGGGCUUUACGCUCAGAAGCCUGUAUACCCUGUGAAUGCGAUACCAAAGGAUCGACUGGUUUGUGUCAUGCCGAAGGUGGUUCUUGUAUAUGUAGAGAAGGGUUCCAGGGACGAAAAUGUGAAGAGUGUUUGCCGGGUUUUUAUGGUGAAGAUUGUCUUAAGUGUGAGUGUGAUGAAAGGGGUACCUUGGCCGAUAGCGAGUGUGCAGGUGUGUGUGUUUGUAAGGCUAAUGUAGAGGGUGAUACUUGUAAUCUAUGUAAAGAAGGAUUUUACGAUUUGAGCGCGGAAAACCCCGAAGGCUGUUCUCCUUGCUGGUGUUCUGGCUUGGAGGCCGGCUGCUCUAGUGCCCAAUUGUCCACACUGGCUUUUGAAACCCUUAACGAUUGGAAAAUUACCGAUAUUACACGAUCUCAAACAGCAGUACCUGUUUUAGAUUCUGACACCAAUUUCCUGGGUUAUGGCAUGUAUGAUUUAUCCAAUGUAGAGGCCAUCUAUUGGCAAGCUCCUCAAGGUUAUUUGGGUAAUCGUUUAACUAGCUAUGGUUCACGCUUAUCCAUACAAGUCAAUUGGGUAACCAUAAGAGGUGAUACUUCCGGCAAACCUACUUCUGGACCUAAUGUUAUAUUAUUCGGUAAAAAUGGUUUAAAAAUAGCCUAUGGUGAUGAGGAGUUUACUAGAGGUUCCAGUGCCACCAUUAAUAUAACUCUCGAACAGAGUGGUUGGUAUCAUGUACCUGCACAAGUUAAAGAUAUAAAAACUCGUCUCAGACGUAAUGAGUAUCAUGGUUCCCAAGUUACUAGAGCUCAAUUCUUAGCGGUUUUAACUAAUUUAGAAGCUCUCUUGGUGAGAGCCGCUUUUCAUACCGAUCAAGUGGAAACCAAUUUGGAAAGAGUGAUUAUAUAUAGCGGAGGCUUAGAGCUAGGAGGUCCACCUUCCUCUAAAGUGGAACAGUGUAGAUGUCCUUUAGGCUAUACUGGAUUAUCCUGUGAAUCUUGUGAUUUUGGUUUCAUAAGAAUCUAUGAAAACUCUAGUGAUCAUCAUGAGGUGGGACGCUGUAAGCCGUGUCCCUGUAAUGGUCAUUCAAACUCGUGUGAUUUGCAAAGUGGUGGCUGUGGCAAUUGUAUGCAUAAUACUUAUGGUGAAAGAUGUGAACGUUGUCAACGCGGUUACUAUGGCAAUCCCUUGCAUGGUACUCCCCACGACUGUAAACCCUGUGCAUGCCCUCUACUGGCGGCCAGUAAUAACUUUUCGCCCAGCUGCCAAUUGAAAUCGUAUGCUAUUAUGGACAUAAACCCAAUAUAUGGUGUGGUGGAAAAUACCGAAUACAUAUGCACACAAUGUCCGCCCGGCUAUACGGGUGAUCACUGUGAAAUGUGUGAUGAUGGUUACUAUGGCAAGCCAACGGAAUUGGGUUCGUCAUGUCAGCCCUGUGACUGUGAGGGUGGACCGUGUGAUGUCUUUACGGGCAGGUGUAUAGUGUGCGACGGCAACACCGAGGGCUGGCAUUGUGAGCGCUGCAAAAUGGGUUAUUGGGGUGAUCCCUCUAUGGGUUGUGAACCUUGUGAUUGCUUUAGCGAAGGAUCUGACAGUUCAGUUUGUGACAGUACUGAUGGUCAGUGUUUGUGUAAACCACGUUAUAGUGGACAAAAAUGUGAUGAAUGUGCUGAAGGUUAUGCACAAAUUGAUAUGAAAUGUGCACCAUGCUCCUGUAAUGAAUGGGGUUCUAUUGAUCCUCAUACCUGUGAUCCUGAUAAUGGACAAUGUCAAUGUAAACCGGGAGUUCAAGGACUCAAAUGCGAUGAAUGUGAAGAAGGAUAUUUUGGUCUAAAAGCAGAAUCUUAUGGUUGUGGUGAAUGUCAAUGCAGUCCUAUCGGUUCAUUAUCCAAUACCUGCGAAAAACGUUCCGGACAGUGUCAAUGUCUGGCUAAUGUAACCGGUCGCCGUUGUGAUAAAUGCAAGGCGGGUCAUUGGAAUUUAACUCAAAGUGUGGGCUGUCAUGAUUGUCGCUGUGAUCCCUCAGGCUCUAGAAGUCAUGAGUGUAAUCCCUGGACGGGUCAAUGUGAUUGUAAAAUCGGUGUGGGUGGUCAAAGAUGUAAUGAGUGUACAGAUGGCUUUUUUGGUUUCUCAACUGAAGGCUGUCAACGUUGUGCUCCCUGUCCGGGUGAAGGUCAAGUAUGUGAUCCAUUAAAUGGUCGUUGUGUCUGCCCGCCCAAUAGCAGAGGUUUGGGUUGUAGUCAAUGUGUGUCGGGUACUUGGGGUUGGCAAUCAAGAUUGGGUUGCCGUGAGUGCCAAUGCGAUCGUGUGGGUUCAAUCGGUCAAUAUUGUCAUACACAAACGGGUCAGUGUCAGUGUAGAGAAGGUUAUUCGGGACGUCGAUGUGAUGCCUGUGCUCCCGGUUAUUUUGGUUAUCCUGAGUGUAGACGCUGUAACUGUGAUGCAGAUGGUUCGUAUGUAGGUAAAGAUGGUCUGAUCACCUGUGAUGCCAAUGGUCAGUGUCCUUGUAAGAGUUUAGUUGUGGGUUUAAAAUGUGAUACUUGUAUGCAGUCAUCAUUCGGUUUGUCUGCCCUAAAUCCCGAAGGCUGUACGAGAUGUUAUUGUUUUGGUCGCGCUAGUGAAUGUGAACAAAGUAAUUGGUCUUGGGGACAUGUCCGAAUGUCAGAGUCACGUAAUCUCUCCAUACAAUAUUUAAACUCACAGCAUAUAAGUAAUACGGAAUUUGAAUAUAUAGUCGUCGUACAAAUGUCUGGCUCUAAAACCUAUCGAGAAGAUGCAGAAAUACAAAAUUUUAAUGGUUUAAAUUUAAUACCUCGUUCCACGGGUAAUGUUUCUAUGGGUUCCUAUAGCCAAUUAUACUAUCCCUUGUACUUUCAAUUACCUCCACAAUUCUAUGGUGAUCGUAUUAGCAGUUAUGGUGGUAAUUUGUAUUUUACCUUAUUAACCGAGGGAGGUAGUAUACCUUUGGAUCGUAAACUGCUAAGUCGUUAUCCCUUGGUCCAAUUACAUGCUCAUCAUAAAAUGAUUUUGGAUUUUUAUGAAUACGAAAGUUUUGAAUAUUCACGCAAUGAAACCUAUCGUGUACCUUUACAUGAAACCUAUUGGAAGUUACAUCACAAUGGCCAAUCGGCGGAUAGGGCGACAUUAAUGGCUGCUCUGCAAAAUGUUAAACAUAUAUUGAUACGUGGUUCCUGUUUUGCUGAUUUCUCGGAAAUAAUUUUACAAAAUGUUCACAUGGAUUCGGCCAUUUAUGUGCAUGGUUCCAAUAGCAUGAUAGCUAAGGGUGUAGAGAAAUGUAAAUGUCCCAAACGUUUUGAUGGUUUAUCGUGUCAAGAUCCUGGCAGAGGUUUCUAUAGAUGGCGUAAUGUUAGCGAAACAGAGUCUACCUAUAUAGAGGAUCUUAUAGGUAGGGCGGCUCCUUGUUUUUGCAAUGGACGCAGCCAAGAGUGUAAUCGUGAAACGGGAGAAUGUGUGAAUUGUCGCGAAAAUUCCGGCGGUCGUCAUUGUGAACAAUGUGCCGAGGGUUUCUUUGGCGAUCCCAAUUCCCCCUAUGGCUGUCAAGCUUGUCCUUGUCCCGAAACUAAUCGCAAUUUUGCCAAGGGUUGCACUGUCUGGCAGGGUGAGGUGAAUUGUGUUUGUCGUCCUGGCUAUACGGGAAAAUUGUGCGACAAAUGUCGUCCUGGUUACUAUGGCAAUCCUUUGGCUUCACCUGUAAGUACCUGUAAACCCUGUAAUUGUAAUCUGAAUGGCAUUAGCCAGGAGGGUUGUGAUGCCUUGACGGGCCAGUGUUAUUGCCGAGAAGGAGUUACUGGUCUGAAAUGUGAUAAAUGUAAAGCUGCGCGUCAUCAUGUCGAAGAGAAAGGAUGUAGAUUGUGCGACAAUUGCACUUUACUCCUUUUGGACUAUGUAGAACUAAUAGGUCAUAAACUAAGACGUGGCGUGCACAAUAUGGAUUUAACUGGUAUACCAGCUCCCUACAUUAAGGUCGAAGAAUAUGAGGAUCUUUUUAAUCUACAAAAUAGACACUAUUAUGAUUUUAAUAAUGCUCGGCAAUUGCUGCUAAACUAUGACACUUCCGCCUUAAUAAAAUUGGAUUCACAUGCCGAAAAUCAAAAAUUUCAAAAUCGUAAAGCCUUGGCCACGUCAGAGAAAAGAAACCAGGCCGUACAGGUUAUACUUAAGGAUGCUCGUUUACUUUAUGACGGACUGGAAUCUAUACAGACGGGUAUUCUAACAAAUAUAGCAAAUCUAGAGAAUUAUGGUAGGGGUUCUCAUCACUUAAGUUUACCCACUGCCCUACAGCAGGCUAGAUUCUAUUUGGAUUCGAUUAAGCAACAUAGGGACUCGGUUAAUGAUAUUAGAACGACAGCGUCUUGUGCCUGGCAUUAUUACUUUAAAUUUGGUAAUGCCUCCGAUGCGGCCUUUGAUCAAAAGGCUAAAGUGGAAAUGUUUUGGCGAGAUUUAAAUCAUACAAAUUUUCGCAUAUCCGAUAUAAGAUUACAAGCUGAUCGUACAGUGGAAAUGCAAAAUGAAAUCGAUGAUAUUCUGGAACAUAUACGAAAUCUAAAGAGUUAUACUUCAGAAGAUUAUCAACAAAUAGUAGAUUUGAAAUUGAAGAUAAAGGAAUAUCUUAAGGAGACCUUAGUGCCUCAAACGGCGGUGUUAGUGGAAAUGAAUGUUGGACGUUUGGAGUUGUUGAGCGGUAAUGUGGAUAAUAUUAUCAAACUGGGUACCGUGUUAAAUGCCACCUUAGAUGAAAAUGAAACGGUGCAUCGGGAAGUGCGUAAACAUUGGCUGCCUAAAGCUCAAAAACAUGCUGCACGUUUGCUGGAAAGAUCCAAUGAAUACGCCCGACAAUUUCAACCCACACGCAAUGGAGCACGUAUAGCCAUGUUAGCGAGUUCGGCCCAUAAAAAUAUUUCCGAGGCUAUAGAGGCUGCACGCUUGGCUUCUGUCGAGGCCAGAGAACGGGUUUAUACGGCCCAUAAUAAACUAUAUCCUAGGCAGGGCCUUUCGGUUAUCGAUAGAGCUAGAAUUUCUUUAAACAAAUCCAAAAUUUUAAAACAAGACGCCAUGCAAGAGAUUAAGGAAACAGAGGCCCUUAAGAAUCGUUUGCGCAUUCAUGAAAACAAAGUAGAAGGUAUUAAGAAUCGUAUUAUAAAUGCCGGCAUACGAACAAAUAAUAUCUCAUCGCACAUACAACCUUUACAACAUACAACGGCUCGUAAAAAUGCCAUAGAAAGUUUAGAUAUUGCUUCUAAAAUCUCGGAUGAAAUGAAGGGAGUAUCAAGGCAUACACAGCAACUGCAUGAGGAUAUUAAACGGCUACGUGAUAAAUUUGCCAUUUUAGAACCUGAUUGGGAAAUAAAAUUGGGUUUGGCUGAGGAGAAUAUUUCUCUAACUAAAACCAAUGUACGUUUAGCUAAUAUUUCACUAACCUAUGUGGAAGAGCAAGCGGUUAAGGAACAAUCAGAGUUUGAUGUUUGGAAUCAGACAAUGGCCAAACAGAUUCAAGAGUUAAGAGAUAAAAUUGCCAAAGCUAAACAUGCUGCCGAAGGUAUUAAGAUUUCUUUAGAAUCUUUGGGUCCCAAGUGUAUAAGAUCCUAUUUGCCGAUAUCUUAUGGUCUCACCACUUCCAAUACUAUUAAACUUAGCUUUGCCCUACCCAAUCGUAAUGGUAAUUCUCCUCUACUGUAUAUACAAGGCAAUGAUGGUCGUUAUAUUGCCUUGGAUCUAUUCAAAAGACAUGUUAGACUUUUAUGGAAUUUAGGUGGUUCGACAGAGAUUAUUACCCAUCCCUUAGAGAUACAGACAAGAGAUCCUCAAUACGAUGAUGCCUGGUAUCAUGUGGAAGUUAAUCGCACAUUAAAUAUAGGCAGUCUUUUGGUAAGACGCAUGAAUAACUAUGGCGCCUUAGUGCCACAGAAUCCUGUGACCGGUAAUACCGAUGUGGAAUUUACACGUUUCUUCCAAACUCCAGAGGAACGUAUAUAUCUGGGUGGUUACCCCAAGUUUAUGCGUACCAAAGAUUUGCAAUUGAAUCCGGGUCUUAAUGUUGUAAUACACAAUGUAGAGGUCGAUAAUAAACCCAUGGGUAUAUGGAAUUUUGCCUCGAGUGAGGGUAAAUGUGGUGGAGCUAUGAUAGGGGCUCAAGAGUCUAGCUCUUCUUCUGUAGCUAGACAUUUCAAUGGUUUAGGCUAUGCAGAAGUGAAAAAGUCACGUCCACGGCCUUAUCGCAAGAAUUUGUUUGCUUUACAAAUGACCUUCAAGACAUUAGAUGAGAAUGCACUGUUAUUCUUAGCGGUAGAUGAUAAAAAUAAUCGCUCGGUAUCUGUGACUCUCAGUCGUGGUCGCAUAAUGUUCCGCAUUGAUUAUGGCGAUGAAUCGAAAUUAGAAAUAAAUACCACCAACAAAUACAAUACAGGUAAAUGGAUUAAAAUCGAGGCAGCUCGAGAAUUUGUACCAAAACGUGGUACAGAAAAUGGUAUUCUUAGAGUGAACAAUGAAAGAGCUAUAACAGGUUCUCCCUCGGUACCCAUUAAGAGUCAUAUGCUGCCGGAUCUUUCGAAACCGGUUUAUUAUUUGGGUGGUGUACCACCGGGUUUUACCUCAGCUACCUCUAAAGCUCCCGGAGCAGAUAAUCCCUUUUUGGGUUGCAUGAUGGAUGUUCAAGUUAAUGGAGAGACUUAUGAUCCUUUGGAAAGUUCUUCGUUUUUCGGAGUGGAACCUUCGUGCAAGGAAAUGAUCACCAAAGCCGGCUUCACAGGUCAAGGUUACAUCGAAUUACCCUCCCAGUCGUUGCGCAAACGUGCCAAUACCGGUUUUGUUUUCCGCACUCUUCAAUCCGACUGCCUACUACUACUCUCCGCCUAUCCACCCGAAGUCCAAGAUGACUAUGAUGCCAAAGAUAUUAAAGGAAACUAUUCCAUUUCUCUUGUUGAUGGUCAUCUCCAAGUAUGGAUUAAUUCCGGACGUAGUUUCAUACAAAUGCAUUCAAAUGUUUCACUCAAUGAUGGUGAAUUUCAUGUCGUUAAUCUAUUGAAAAAUGGUCGUAAAUUUGAACUAAUGGUCGAUGAUGAAUUACAAGUAACGAAAAAUCUUAUGAAUUCACCCACUCUUGUCAGUAUGCCACGUGAUGCUGGUGGUUUGUAUAUAGGCGGUGCACCACCUUUUGAAGAUUAUACACCUUUAGCUCCUACUUUUAUAAAGUUAGAGGGUGCAGUACGUGAUGUAGUUUUCAACAAUCGUACUUUAAACUUUAAUCAAGCUUUAUCCUUUGUCAAUGUACAAAUUGGACGUAAUGGACCUGCUAUGGGUAGUGUUAAUGGUUUAAGUGAUAUAUUGCUGAAAACAGAGCCAAUGAUUGGUAAAAGUUUCACCGCUGCUCCGGAAGGUUGCAAAAGGGUUGGCAGUUAUUCUUAUGAGCCUAAUGCCUUUAAAUUUGGCGAUGAACCCUAUAGUUUUGCUCAAUUGCAAACUCCUCUACGUAACUAUUGGCAAAAGAAUUUCCAAAUUUCUUUUGAUUUUCGCUCUUUCUAUCCCAAUGGUUUGAUUUUCUUAGCUCCCGGCAUUAAAGAGAAACAAAAACAUUAUUUAGCCUUAAUUCUAAAAGAUGGACAUUUACUAUUAAUUGUCAGAGGACGUCGACGUGAAGAAUUGCCUCUCCAUGCUAAACUUAAUGAUGGUGAAUGGCAUCAUGUUACGUUAAUGUGUCAGGAACGUAAGGUUACCAUGUCUGUGGAAAUAGGUCGUACAGAUCAAAAGACUUCAGCUCAAAUGAAAAUACCGAAGAAAAUUGCUGCUUCGAAUAUUAUGUUUGUGGGUGGUUUACCAGAGAAUCCACCCAAAAUGCCAGCAGAACUUUUAAUGAAAUUGGAACCUUUUAAGGGUUGUCUACGUAGAUUUGCCAUAGCGAAUAGUACACAGGAUUUGGCAAAACCUGGCAAACAUUUACAUGUGGGGCAGUGUUUUCCUAAUGUAGAGAGGGGUUCCUAUUUUCCGGGAGAUGCCUAUGCAGUAUACAAGAGAAAUUUCCACGUUGGCAAGUAUUUAGAACUAGAAAUGGAAUUUAGAACAUCGGAGCUUUCAGGAAUUUUACUGAGUAUAACCGAACCUACCGGUUUUCCCGCUUUAUCACUAGAAAUUUUCAAUGGCAAUAUUGUUUUCUCCUGUGACUUGGGUGAUGGCAAUCCCUUCCGCGUAGAAUCUUUACUUCCCUCCAAAUAUGCUUUAUGCGAUAAUAAAUGGCAUAAUAUAUCCGCCCUAUAUGACUACGAACAACUAGCCUUAAGAAUUGAUCAAAUGCCCACAACGAUAGCAGUGGCCCAACAAACUACCAUGGGUAGAGUACAAACCAAAUCACCAUUAUAUAUUGGCGGAAUACCGGAAAUUGCAUCCAGUGGUUCCUUAUUAACCCGUGAAAAUUUCAAAGGUUGUAUAAGAAAUCUAUCGAUACGUAAUGAACGACGCGAUUGGGUUGAUAUGGAUGCAUUACAUAAUGUUUUACUCAGUGAGUGUUUGGUAACCGGCACUGAUAGCUGAGUUUAAGUAAAGUUCAAAC